GAAAUUGAUAGUAUGUGAAAAUUUUGUAAAAUGUUUAUAAUUUAAAGUACAAAACGAAAGAAAUUCUUUAACAGAAAUUAUAAAGUUUUAUUAAGAAAAUUUAAUUUAUAUUAAAAGAAAGCUUAGCUAGUGGAUUUAUUAAUUAUGUUGAGCAGCAGCAAAAUUGUAUAUGAAAUUUUUUAUAAUUUUUAUCAGCCCACGAAUACAAAAUCUCAAAAACGGAUUAAAUUUUUUAAAAAUAAGACACAAACAUUUAACACCUCAAUCCAAGCACAACAAGCCUUAAACCAAAUGGGUAGCACAACAUCUUAUUCCACCAUUUGCAGCAUCAAUGCUGAGGAAUCAUCAACUGCAACCACCACCACCCUCAGAUCGCUGCCAUGUACGUGUAGCAGUAAAAACACAAUCAAAGCGACAACGCUUUACUACCACAAAACAUCUUCAUUUUCCGCCACACCCCUGGUUAGCUUAGCGUACUACGUACUACUGCUGACCAUCAUACUGCCACUAAUAUACACCAAAAAUAAUUUGAUGGUUACAGCAGCACCCUCCCACCACCAAAGUAAUACGCCCACAUUACCGGAAGUUGCAUCACUGGUCACGAAGGCGGUCACCUCUAAUUCAUUAAAUUCCACCGUUUUGGGUGCAAUGGAACUGCAAAAUGUUAAAAUUAAUUCUGUACAACAGACACCACAACCAGUUAGUGUAGUGUCCACACCACAUCCGGAGCAUAGUAGAGCUUUAAAGAAAGCCUGGCUAUCGAAUCGUACUAUAGUUUGUAAUGAUGGUACAGCGGCGGGUUUUUAUUUGCGUAAAAAUCCCAAUUCCAAAAAAUGGAUUGUGUUUCUGGAAGGUGGCUGGCAUUGUUAUGAUAAGAAGACAUGUCGGGCACGCUGGAAUAGACUAAGACAUUUGAUGACUUCCACCGAUUGGCCAGAAACUCGAGAUGUUGGUGGUAUUUUAUCCGCUUCUCCCGAAGAAAAUCCCUACUGGCAUAGUGCCAAUCAUGUAUUAGUACCCUACUGCAGUAGUGAUUCCUGGUCUGGAACUAAGGAUACUUUUGAAUCUACAGAUUUUAACUUUCGUUUUAUGGGUGCUUUGAUUUUAAAACAAGUAAUAGCGGAUCUUAUACCCAUGGGCUUGGGACGAGUACCAGGAGCAGAACUUUUACUUGUGGGAUCUUCGGCCGGCGGUUUAGGUGUUAUGUUAAACUUGGAUCGAAUAACCAACUACUUACAGCAGGAACGUAAUCUGCAAGUUACCGUUAGAGGAGUCAGUGAUUCAGGCUGGUUUUUGGAUAGAGAACCCUAUACACCCUCAGCUGUGGCCUCCAGUGAUGCUGUAAGACAGGGCUGGUCUCUGUGGAAGGGACUACUGCCGGAAACUUGUGUUGAGCAGCAUAAAUCUGAACCCUGGCGUUGUUAUUUUGGCUAUCGACUUUAUCCCACUUUAAAAGCUCCCCUGUUUGUUUUCCAAUGGCUGUUCGACGAAGCUCAAAUGAGAGCAGAUAAUGUGGCUGCCCCCGUAACUCCUCACCAAUGGAAUUAUAUACAUGCCAUGGGUGGAGCUUUACGUUCUUCAUUGGAUAAUGUUACUGCAGUUUUCGCUCCCUCCUGCAUAGGACAUGCAGUACUAUCAAAACGGGAUUGGACCACUUUAAAAAUCGAUGAUAUUUCUCUGCCCACCGCUUUAAGAUGCUGGGAACAUUCGACAAGACCACGUAAAAAGCGUCAUGAUAAAUUGAAAAGAUCCACUGAAGCCACCAUUACCCACAAGGAUAAUAACAAGAGAAGACACGAGAAACAGCACAAAGAGAAAGAACGCAAUAAGAAAAAAAAGAACAAUAAUAGCAAUAAUAACAAUAAUGGAGAGAAAAAACGUCUGACAAAAGCCGAAAGAGAAGAACGCAAACGCCUACGACACGAACAACAAAAACGUAGAGAAGAAAGACGUAAUCGUCGUAAGAACAAUAUGGUGGCAUAUCCUGAGAGUAAUCUAACUAAUUCCCUACGAUUAAAUGAAAACUCUACCGAUAUUCAGGAAUCGGAAAACCAAACUCAGCUGCAACGUAAGCAAAACAAACGUAAACGUAACGAAUUGGAAAAACAAAAACGUCAACAAAAUAAACAAAAGAAACGUCAACGCAGAAGAAAAGAACACAACUCCGUAGAUGCUCAACAACCCGAGAGAGAACUGCAAAAAGAACAGCCUGUAGUAGACAAGCGUGCCAAUAGUGCCAAUAGUGCCAAUAAAAUCAAUAGACGCAGUGGUGUACCACGUGUACCGGAAAGAUGUUCUUUGCGCCUUUUGGAACGUUGCAGUUGGCCGCAAUGUAAUAAUUCCUGUCCAACCCUAACAAAUCCCGUGACAGGAGAAGAAAUGAGAUUUCUCGAAUUAUUGGCUUCUUUUGGACUGGAUAUUGAAGCUGUGGCAGCAGCUUUGGGUGUGGACAUGCAAACUCUUAACAAUAUGGAUCGUACCGAACUGGUGAACAUGUUAACGCAACAGGUCAGCUGAUCAAUAGAUUAUACUCGAACUAGGAGAGAAUAGUAAAGCUCCUAAGGGAAUCAAACAAUCUAGUAAUCAUUGUGAGAUUAAGAAAAAAAGCUUUUGCUGAGAGAGGGAGAGAGAUACAAAGAGUGGAAAUUUCUACUAAAAAUAUAUGUUAUCAAACCCUUAAAGCUUUUUUUAAACAGACUAAAUAGCCUUGUGAGAAUAUUAUCUAGUAAUCUUUUAAGAAAUUUAAAGCCUACUAAACUUUCAAAAAACAAACAAAAAAGUUGUAAAUAUUGUGAAUAAUUUUCCUAAAUUUUAAGUACUUAAAAGUUCAAAUUAGUUUUAUAAGUUUAUUGUGUAAGCUUUAACAAUUUACAAAAAAAAUGAAAACAAAUUAAAGUGGCUUUAAGCUUAAAGAUUUUAAAGUGAAAGCUUUGACUUUAAUAAAGAGAAAGCUUAGUAGUUGACAUUAUCGAUUAUACAAUGGAAAUUAAGUUUUCAUUUUUAAGACAAAAUUCCGAUAUUGGAAUUAAAGCUUUCAGGAUUUUCAAGCUUUUAAGUCUCUUUACAAUGAAUUUGUUUUUUUUUUUAAAUUCUUACUAAAACUGUGUUGUAUAAAUGUAAAUUUACUCUUUAUAUUAAACAAGGGUAUUAAUUAUUUCUUUAAUUAUAAUAAUUUUUAAAAAAAACCCUUUAUUAAGCUUAACACAAAAUGCAACACACAAGACUGUUAUUGUUACAAUAUUUUAAAUUUAAAAAAAAACACACAUACACACAAACAAUUUUAACUAAAUAAUAAUUAUAAUUAUUUUGUUUAGUAUAAAAUUGAUGAAAAAAAAAUACUCUUAAGAUAUGGAUUCUUUGCAUAAAUAUUGAAAAUUUGUAGAACCAAAUUUUUGGCGGGAAACCAUAACUUUAAACCCAUAAAUACAUUUAUAUAUUCAUAUACUGACAUUAAUACAUUUACACACACAUACAUACAUAAAUACUUAAAUAUUUACAUACAGUUUCAAAACCUACCUCAUCUAUUUAAUAAUAAUUGUUGUUGAUUUUGUUUUAUUUUUUUUUUAAUAGUAAUAUAUUAACACUAAUCCAUCCUUUUUAUUAGAUUAAGUAAAAAUCUUAAAAUACUUAACAAACUAAAGAUUUAUUCUGUAGAUUCAAUGUAAAAAACAUUAGUUCACAUAAAGAUUUGUUUGAUCUAACAAUAUCUAGUAAAAGCAAACUAAAAAAACCCAAAUUAUUUAAAUUCCAUUAUCACUAGCAAAUAAAAUAUUUAUAUUGACAACCACUUCCUUCCAUAUUUAUUUAUUUAAAAACACAAAAAAACCAACUUAAAAUAAACAAAAAAAAUUAUUAAUCAACAGUAACAAAUAUUUUGUACCUGUAUUAAUUACUUAUAUAAUUUUACAUUCAAGUAAAACACAAAAAUACAAUCCAAUCAAUUAACAAAAC